AUGAAGCAGGAGCUCCCUUCACUCCAAUAUUCAGAUACUCAGGUGGGUAGCUGGGGGUCACCAUCCUCUCCACUGCCAUAUCUUGAAUCUGUUGAUACUUUUAUCCACUCACCUCCUACUGAGCAGACACAACCGGAUGGUCUUUCACCACGGAACAAUGGCCUGUUGGAAGCUGUACUCUAUGGAUCACAAACUCUGAAAAACACCAAGAAAACUUCAUGCCAGCAGACUCCUAGUGCUUCUGUAAUGCCUGGUGAUAUGGUGAACAGUCCGUCUCAGAAUGGAACAGAAUGGGAAGUGUAUGGUAACUUAAUCUCUCCUUUAGGUCCUUCUCCUGCAUCAACUUUCAACGAAUGCAUUUCUAUCAAUGGAAGCUCACAUGAUGGACCCCAGCCAGUCCAGUUCGUGUCAGUUAAGCAAGAGGCAGUUGACUGGCUUUCUACACGAGAUGACAGAAACGAUGAAGUGCUAAGUCAGAUGAUUCUUUCAAGGCCAGAUUUCUUACUUGGUAUGAAUUGUUUUGGCUGUACUACGGAGAAUGGUAAGGACCUCCCCAUCCUGAAAGAUGCUAUUUGGGCACUUCUUGAUUGAGGGUUUUAGCAGUGACUGCAGGCAAAAGGUUGUUGUAGUUGCUUCACCGGGUCAAGAAUGCAGCCUGGGCAUUGUGCGUGAUAUCUUUAAGGUGCCUUAGAUAUCUUUCCCAUUGUGAUCAGCCAAAGUUUGUCUUAGAAAUACCAUAUAGGGCAAUAAAAUGGUGCUGAUAGCAGAACGUUUCUUUGGUUAUUUUCCUUGUAUUGGAUUUUGAAGGUUGGGGUUUGAAGACAGGAAAGUGUGUUAGCGUGCCACCAUUUGUGGUAGUGGUAGAAUCGGUUACACCUUUGAUGUUUAACAAUUCACACAAUGCUUUCC